GUUCUGCGACACGUGACGGUCGGGCCGCCUCCGCCGCUGUCUCCACUGCAGCGCGGGGCCAGGUGUGCGGUCAGAAGGAGGCGCAGGCGCCGCCGGCGUUCCUCAGGAAGCUCGAGACCAUGGAAGGGAAGUGGUUGCUGUGUAUGUUACUACUGGUACUUGGAACUACCAUUCAGGCUCAUGAUGGACAUGAUGAUGAUGUGAUUGAUAUUGAGGAUGACCUUGAUGAUGUAAUUGAAGAGGUAGAAGAUUCAAAAUCAAAACCAGAUUCUAGUACUCCUCCAUCUCCAAAGGUUGUCUACAAAGCUCCAGUUCCAACAGGGGAAGUAUAUUUUGCUGAUUCCUUUGACAGAGGAACUCCAUCAGGGAAAGUGGGAGGUAGAUGAGAUGAAGGAGACAAAGCUUCCAGGUGAUAAAGGACUUGUAUUGAUGUCUCGGGCCAAACAUCAUGCCAUCUCUGCUAAACUGAAUAAGCCCUUCUUGUUUAACACCAAGCCUCUCAUUGUUCAGUAUGAGGUUAAUUUCCAAAAUGGAAUAGAAUGUGGUGGUGCCUAUGUGAAACUGCUUUCUCAAACUCCAGAACUCAAUCUUGAUCAGUUCCAUGACAAGACACCUUAUACGAUCAUGUUUGGUCCAGAUAAGUGUGGAGAGGACUAUAAAUUACAUUUCAUCUUCCGACAUAAAAACCCCAAAACAGGUGUUUAUGAAGAAAAACAUGCUAAGAGGCCAGAUGCAGAUCUGAAGACCUAUUUUACUGAUAAGAAAACACAUCUUUAUACAUUAAUAUUGAAUCCAGAUAAUACUUUUGAGAUAUUAGUUGACCAGUCUGUUGUAAACACUGGAAAUCUGCUGAGUGAUAUGACUCCUCCUGUAAAUCCUUCACGUGAAAUUGAGGACCCAGAAGACCAGAAGCCUGAAGACUGGGAUGAGAGACCAAAAAUAGCAGAUCCAGGUGCUAUGAAGCCAGAUGACUGGGAUGAAGAUGCCCCUGCUAAGAUUCCUGAUGAGGAGGCUACAAAACCUGAAGGCUGGUUAGACAAUGAGCCAGAAUAUGUACCUGACCCAGACGCAGAGAAACCAGAGGAUUGGGAUGAAGAUAUGGAUGGAGAAUGGGAGGCUCCUCAGAUUGCUAACCCUAAAUGUGAGUCAGCCCCUGGGUGUGGUGUCUGGCAACGACCUAUGAUCGACAACCCCAAUUAUAAGGGUAAAUGGAAGCCUCCCAUGAUUGACAAUCCUAACUACCAGGGAAUCUGGAAACCCAGGAAAAUACCAAAUCCUGAUUUCUUUGAAGAUCUGGAACCUUUUAAAAUGACACCUUUUAAUGCUAUUGGUUUGGAGCUAUGGUCCAUGACCUCUGACAUUUUUUUCGACAACUUUAUCAUUUGUGCUGAUCGAAGAAUAGUUGAUGAUUGGGCCAAUGAUGGAUGGGGCCUGAAGAAAGCUGCUGAUGGGGCUGCUGAGCCAGGUGUUGUGGGGCAGAUGAUCGAGGCAGCUGAGGAACGCCCUUGGCUUUGGGUGGUCUACAUUCUGACUGUAGCUCUACCCGUGUUUCUUGUUAUCCUCUUCUGCUGCUCUGGAAAGAAACAGUCCAGUGCUGUGGAUUACAAAAAAACUGAUGCUCCUCAACCAGAUGUGAAGGAGGAGGAAGAGAAGGAAGAAGAAAAGGACAAGGGAGAUGAGGAGGAAGAAGGUGAAGAAAAACUUGAAGAGAAACAAAAAAGUGAUGCUGAAGACGAUGGUGGCACUGCCAGUCAAGAGGAAGAAGAUAGAAAACCUAAAGCAGAGGAGGAUGAAAUUUUGAACAGAUCACCAAGAAACAGAAAGCCUCGAAGAGAGUAAAACAAUCUUAAGAACUUUAUCUGUGAUUUCCUCUCCCUCCCCUUCCCCUGCAAGCGUGGUCCGUCCUAGGAGAGGGCCUGGCACACCUUAGGUUGAAACUCAGAGAACCUCAAGACGUCAACAACAUCAACAGGUUCCAGUUGAACACUAGCCCAUGUAACUUUGAACAUCUAGCAGUAAAUAAUGCAGUUGUGACAUAAGAGACCCUGUUUUUUAGAAAGCAAGCAUUUAACAUAAUGGUUGUGAAGUAUAACAUGAAGCAACUAACUUGUAUUUUUUGUUUCUAAACAUCUUUGAUUUUUAAAAUAGAGUGAUAGAACUUUGUCAGCCUUUAAAAUCUUGGCUUAAUUUAAUAUAUUAAUCUGUCCAUGCAGAAAUAACACCAACAUUUAGAAAUGCUAGGGGACAAAUUGCUGUUUUUUUAAGUUUGGUAUUACAAAAUAUUCAAGUGUCUCUGUCUCUUAAAAUUAAGAAUCAUGUUUAAAGU